AUGUCGUUGGAUGAGUCGUCCGUCCUCAUGGACCGCGCGCUGGUGACCAUGUGCCAGAACCUGCCCGAGGCUCUGGGGCUCUACAACACAGCUAAGGACCAGUUCUCGCUGGCGGCUAUCCGUGGCGUCCCGCUACUGGAGAACGUAUCUCCAGAAUCGCGCAAACUGGUGCUGAUCCGUGACUGGAUGCGCUCGUACGAGCCAGCGGAGGACCAACCGCUCUCGUCGGAGAUCAGUAUGGACUCGCUGAAGGAGACAGACCGACGAGAACGCAAGGAGAUCGAGAGAAAGCUACAGGAGGAGAAACACGCGAUGCUGACGAGCACUGGAGGCGAUAAAAAGAAGAAGCGAAGAAAGAAAGAGAAAGCAGCGAAAGAGAGCAGCAAGUCGAAGGCCAAAGAGAAGACCAAAGCGAAAAAGAAAUCUGCAUCGAAGAAGAAACCGAGCAAGACGAGAACAGACGGACGGAAGCGACACGUACAGCUGGACAGCGACGACGACGUGCUGUCUAUCGACGAGUCCAGCAGCUCGAGCGACUCGUCGUCUGAGUCCUCGUCGUCUAGCGAGUCAGAUAGCGACACCAGAUCCAGGAAGAAGAAAAAGACCUCGGGCAACUUGCCGCCGAAGGAGGUGGUGCUGUCCUCAGACGAGGACGAGGAGCCCAACGACAUGUUCGACACGGAAGACCCGGACGUGUACGAGGUGGAGAAGAUUAUCAGUAAGAAACGCGGCGAGACUUACGGCGAUCCGGACCUGUACGAGGUCAAGUGGGAAGGAUACGACGAGACGACGUGGGAGCCUGCCGCCAACAUCUCCAAGGACCUAAUUGAUGAAUUCGAGGGCCAACCUGUGCGUGAAGACGUGUACGUCGUGGAAGAAAUUAUUGAUCGUCGCAGCAAGCGCGACCCCGAGACGAGGCUGAAGACGCAUCAGUAUAAGGUCAAGUGGGUCGGCUACGACGAUGUCACGUGGGAGCCAGCGGAGAACCUGCCGCACAAUUUGCGACGGAAGUUUGACCAGAAAUACGAUAGUCGGAAGCGCCGACGGUAA